CCACCUUCCUGACCCAAGACCCUGACGCAGAGUAUACCAACCAUUCGACAUUCACCUGCAUCUGAGAGCCGCUACAGUAAACAGCAAUGAAGGUCAACAUUCUAUCUUAUAACGCAGUUGCGGCUUGGCGCUGGGACAUGCCCGAAGACGAUGAUUGUGGCAUCUGUCGUGUUCAAUUUGACGGUACCUGUCCCAAAUGCAAGUUUCCAGGAGACGACUGCCCUAUCAUAAUGGGACAGUGUACACACUCGUUCCACAUGCAUUGCCUCGAUACUUGGAUCAAGCAGGAAUCAAGUCAAGGCAGAUGCCCAAUGUGUAGACAAGUGUUUCGCAUCAAGGGGACUGCAGACCAGAGUGAAGCCCAGCCCGAGCAGACUCCAGAAUCUUGAACGCAUAAUCAUCCCCACCUCUGUUGGCGACUUCUGGCGACUUUGACGAACACGCAUUUUCACAUGCAUUUUGCCAAGCACAGCUUAGUCAGGGUCUGCAAUAACUAACAACAACCCGUGUGGCCCGACUCUUGUUGAUCGCCAUUCGAUCAUGUC